GAGAGAGAGAGAGAGAGAGGGUAUAUUUAUAGCUCAGAGCGAGGCUGCACUAGAGAGAUAAGGCUCAAACUGACUGCAGAUAGAACAACAGACAGACAGAGAGAGCGAAACGGAGAGAAACAAUGAACCGAUUCGUAUCGUUGGUGUUGCUGUGGACCCUGGCGGUCCUGUCCACUACCGGGCCCGUUACCGGGGCUGAGGAAGGGGAGAUCUCGUUCGAGUAUCACCGGUAUGAGGAACUACGGAAGGCUCUCGUUUCGGUAUGGCUCCAGUGUCCAUCUAUCACGCGCAUCUACACGGUGGGGGAGAGCUUCGAGGGCCGCGAGCUGCUGGUCCUGGAGAUGUCAGACAACCCCGGGACGCACGAGGCUGGUGAGCCAGAGUUUAAGUACAUCGGAAACAUGCACGGCAACGAGGCGGUAGGACGGGAACUCAUCGUCUACCUGGCUCAGUACCUCUGUAACCAAUACCAACAGGGCAACGAGUCGAUCAUCGAUCUGAUCCACACCACACGUAUCCACCUGAUGCCCUCCAUGAACCCUGAUGGCUUUGAGAAAGCUGCCUCCCAGUCGGGGGAGCUGAAGGAUUGGUUCGUAGGUCGUAGUAACGCCCAGGGGGUUGACCUGAACAGGAACUUCCCUGACCUGGACCGCAUCGUCUACGGCAACGAGAAGGAGGGCGGAGCCAACAACCACCUGCUCAACAACAUGAAGAAGGCCGUGGACGAAAAUACCAAGCUAGCUCCAGAGACCAAGGCAGUGAUACGAUGGAUAAUGGAGAUUCCAUUCGUCCUCUCAGCUAAUCUACAUGGAGGAGAUGUGGUGGCCAACUACCCCUACGAUGAGACACGAAGUGGUUCGACCCAUGAGUACAGCGCCAGUCCUGAUGACGUCACCUUUAAGUCUCUGGCGAAGUCCUACUCCCAGUUUAAUCCUGUGAUGUCAGACCCCCAACGGGCUCCGUGCAGGAAGAACGACGAUGAUACCAGCUUCACCGACGGCAUCACCAACGGAGGGGCCUGGUACAGCGUACCCGGAGGCAUGCAGGAUUUUAACUACCUGAGCAGUAACUGUUUUGAGAUAACUCUGGAGCUGAGCUGUGACAAGUUUCCUGCUGAAGACACACUGAAGACUUAUUGGGAGGAGAACCGCAACUCACUGGUCAACUACAUAGAACAGGUGCAUCGUGGUGUGAAGGGCUUUGUGCGUGACCUUCAGGGUGGAGCCAUCUUUAACGCCUCCAUCUCAGUGGAGGGCAUCGACCAUGACAUCACUACAGCUAAGGACGGAGACUACUGGCGUCUCCUGGCAGCAGGGAACUACAAGGUCUCUGCCUAUGCUCCAGGUUACUUGACUGUCAUCAAGAAGGUGGCUGUCCCCUACAGUCCUGCUAUUAGG